UGUUAAAUUGUGCAAUUAAAAUGGCAAAAUAGUUUUUUAUUUUCUUAAAAAAAAAAACCCCUUUUAAGUCGGUGCCCUUUGAGGUCAACAUUGUCUUUUCUUAAAUCCCGAAAACCAUUCACAAAAGCUUACUCACUCUGUGCAAUCAGGAGUAGUACGCCACAAUACUACCACGCAAAGCUGUCAUAAAACGCACUCCCUUUCUUCCUCCUAACGCCCUCCGUUAUGUCACCGACGACCGUCAAAUCCCGUUAGUUUCUCACCCUCUUUCCAUUUCCAUCUUUUCGUUCCAAUUUCGUAUUUUUCUCUCCUCGUCCGCAUCAAAAUCGAACGCCGCCAAUCCCAAGGGGAUAAUAAUAAAACAAAGGAGCUCAUAAGGCUUUAUUUUUUGUGUGGUGGCUGGUUUUAGGAUUUAAGAUGGCAGAGAGAGCAUGUGUGAAGCGCCUUCAAAAGGAAUAUAGAGCACUUUGUAAAGAUCCAGUUUCUCAUGUUGUUGCUCGUCCUUCACCAAAUGACAUUCUUGAGUGGCAUUAUGUGCUAGAAGGGAGUGAAGGAACACCUUUUGCAGGUGGGUAUUACUAUGGAAAGAUCAAGUUUCCUCCAGAGUAUCCCUAUAAACCUCCUGGAAUCACCAUGAUCACUCCCAAUGGACGAUUUAUGACUCAAAAGAAAAUCUGCUUAUCUAUGAGUGAUUUUCAUCCAGAACUUUGGAAUCCUAUGUGGUCUGUAUCAAGCAUACUUACUGGGCUUCUUUCUUUCAUGAUGGACAACAGUCCAACCACUGGCAGUGUGAACACAACUGUUGACGAAAAGCAACGUUAUGCAAAGGAGUCUCUUGCUUUCAACUGUAAGAAUCCUACAUUCAGGAAACUGUUUCCAGAGUAUGUUGAGAAGUACAACAAGCAGUGUGCUUUGGAGCAGAUGUCAGUUGAGUCACCUCAAGAAGAUUUGAAACCUGAGGCAGAAAAACUUGUUAAUUCCUCGGGUGAAGAUGAUAAAAGAGUAGACACACAAAAGGGCAGAAGAAACAAAAAACAGCCACUACCUGCAUGGAUGAUGUUGUUGCUGAUUUCUGUCUUUGGCAUGAUAAUGGCACUGCCUCUGCUUCAGCUUUAAUACCUGGAGCACAAAAUGGAUGAAAUCUGUAAGGGGUGGUAGUCAUAUAGAUUAAUGUAUAGGGAUUUAGUGACAUGGAGGAUUAGUAAUUAGUUUGAUCUCUUGACUGACACUGCUCCUACAUUAAUGUUGGUAGCUUGUGGAAUGACCUUGAAACAUUACUUAUCUGUGAUGUCGAUAUUGCUUCUCUGUGAGCUGUGAUUUUAUACCUUUUUAAACUUUAUCGGUUUUUCCCCUUUUUCUCUGUUUUUACAACACUCUAUGUGACGGACUGAUGCAAUGUGGAAGAUGGGAGAUAGACCUCGAGAAUUACUGACUUUAAGGAGCAGAAGGCCCACCAAUGAACCAACCGAACCUGACCAGACAGAGGACAUGGAAAAAUAAAGAUGAAGCUUUGUU